CCGAUGUCCGUCACUCUGCGUUUCUCCCCCAGUUCCACUACCAUCUCUUCUCGUAACCACAUCUGUGACCUCGAAUCUCGUUCGCGUGCAUACAUACAUACACACAUACAUACUCAUUUUGCUCACAAUGGUUUCCACGCGCCAGCACCCUCGAGACUUUCCCGCUCCGGAAGCCUCGCCCACCAAAGGCUCUCCACGCAAGAGUCUGCGCAAUUCCACCGCCUCGCCUGCGCCCAGCUCUUCUGACUUCGAGUCUUCGCCCUUGACAACCGCGCAGACCGUGACGAAACGCGCCGUGUCCAAUUCGGUAGCAGCUGUCGACAAAGCUCUCGUGAAUGCUACGACAUCCUCUGGCCCAUGGUCGCAUACCGCGUCCAACCUGACACUCGCUUGGAUUGCCAUUUCCCUGCCACUUGUCAUCUGGGAUUCGCUGUACAUCUUGUUGCGCCCACACACCAUGCAAGGUGGUGUGCUACAGUGGCCUAUUUGGAAGCCGUACGAGAUCUAUGCAGCAAUCGAUCAUGUCUACGGGCAGCCUGGCUGGGACAAUAAGGAUGGAUUCGGUGGCGGACAGGGUUUUAUCAACGCGAUUGAGGCUAUCCUGUAUGGUUUGUAUGCUAUGAUUGUGUAUCAUCACGGUAUCCAAGCUGCAGGUGGAAGUGGUAUCCAGAUUGGCGAAGGUGUCAAAGGAUGGUUUGCCGGUGGUGUGAAGGUACAGGGCCGGAAAGGCAACCAGGCCCUACUGAUUGGUUUCACGGCAGCUGUAAUGACGCUCUCCAAGACGGUUCUCUACUACGCGGUGGAAUACUAUUCGGAUUUCAAGAAUGUGAAGCACAAUGAUGUACCAACUUUGAUUUUGUUUUACGGUGUCAUGAACGGACUUUGGGUCAUCUUCCCCGCCUAUAUGACUUUGACCUUUGGAUCCGACAUACUCGCUGGUCUUGAUGCCGGUGCAGAGUCAUCUGGAAAGUCGUCUUAG